AUGCCGCCGCCCGCCAAGAAGAAGCUCACCCCGAAGUCUGCCGUCCUGGUGAAGAAAUACGAACGCCCGAUCCGCCUCGCGUUCAUCAGUCUCGUCGCGGCCCUGUGCGUGGUGUUCCUCCUGCACACGCCGCCCUCGCGCGGGCCCCGGCCAGGGCACGGGCCCGCGCUCAACCACAUCACCCCGGUGGACCCGCAGUCGCUGCUCAAACCGCACGCGGACGUGGCCCAAAAGGUGCACUACCCACCGGCCAACGACCGCGUGCGCGAGCGCGCCACGUUCGUCACGCUCGCGCGCAACUCGGACCUGUGGUCGCUGGUGCCCUCGAUCCGCCACGUCGAGGACCGCUUCAACCGCCGCUUCCAUUACGACUGGGUUUUCCUCAACGACAAGCCGUUCGACCAGGAGUUCAUCCGCGUCACCUCGGCGCUGGUGUCGGGCACGGCCAAGUACGGCGUGAUCCCCUCCGAGCACUGGUCGGUGCCGGACUGGAUCGACCAGGACCGCGCCGCCGAGGCGCGCAGCCAGAUGGUCCAGGACCAGGUCAUCUACGGGGACUCGGUGCCCUACCGCCACAUGUGCCGGUUCGAGUCCGGGUUCUUCUUCCAGCACGAGCUGCUGGCCGACUACGAGUUCUACUGGCGCGUGGAGCCCGACAUCCGGCUGUUCUGCGACAUCCACUACGACGUUUUCCGCUUCAUGAAGCUCAACAACAAGAAGUACGGGUUCAUCCUGUCGCUGAGCGAGUACGAGAAGACCAUCCCGACGCUGUGGGCCACCACCAAGCAGUUCAUGCAUAAGUUCCCGCAGUACGUGCACAAGAACAACCUGUUGGACUUUGUCUCGGACGACCAGGGCGAGUCCUACAACAUGUGUCAUUUCUGGUCCAACUUCGAAGUGGGCUCGCUGGACUUUUGGCGCGGCGACGCCUACCAGGCCUACUUCGAGUACCUGGACCGGGCCGGCGGGUUUUUCUACGAGCGCUGGGGCGACGCCCCGGUGCAUUCCAUCGCCGCGUCGUUGUUUUUGGAUAAAAGCGAGUUGCACUUCUUCGACGGGUUUGGCUACUACCACCCGGACUUCUACGCCUGCCCUGUCGAGGAGGACAUCCGCAUCCAGAACCAGUGCACUUGCAACAUCGCCGACGACCAUACGUGGUUCGAAUACUACUUCUGCACCCGCAAGUACUUCCAAGCACAGCGCCUGGCGCUGCCUCCGGGCGUCAAGCCCGCGUGA